AUGUACGGAUGUUGGACAUGGUGGCGUGGUCCUGUGUUGCAGGACAUACCACUGCACGUGACGAUGCUGACCUUCCUGCUGAUGGCCACGGACCGCUACCGGCUGGUGCUGUACCCCUACAAACCACGCAUCCCUGUCUGCAUCUGCGCGCUGGGAACCUGGAUGCUGGCCAUCUGCAUCGUGGUGCCAUACCCCUUCUACAUCACGUAUCUCGAUCUGGAGGGGAACUACGUCAGAGGCCUACGGGGCAUCGGCGUGUGCAUGGUGAACCUGCCGGAGAGCAUGGAGGACUACAUGCGCGGCCUCUUCGUCCUCACGUACGUGCUGCCGCUGCUGUGCAUGAUGUACCUGUUCGUGCGCGCGCGAGUCGAGAUGAACCUGCGCGGCCCGCCGCUCGCCGCCAUCAUGUACCGCGCACGCAACCACGACCGCCCCGAGUCGCCGAGCGUCGUCUUCAGACUAGUCAAUCAGAUGGUGGCUGAGACGUACGACAAUGGUGCCACGUAUGACGUCAUAUACACCAUCUUCGUGUGGUUUGCAUUCUUGCACACUUUCACCACACCUUUCUACUUCUAUGUCUGGAACGAUGGUCCGGUGACGAAGGAGCAGCUGAAGAUGUUCCUGUGCCCGGGCAGCCGGCGGCGGCUGCGGCGGCGCAGCGAGCGCGCUCUGGAGGCGGUGGUGGCCCAGCAGCAGCGCGCGCUACCGCGCCGCCCCCAGUCGCUGCCCCUCGAGCUGCCCCUCCCGCCGCUGGGGCCCGCGCUGCCCCCGUCCGCCGACGAAUCGCCCGUGGCUUGCGCGGCCGCCGCCGCCGCCGCCGCCGCCGCCGACGCAGACAGCGACACCGUGGCGGCCGCCUGA